GUAGGUAGCAUCGCGUCGUUUUUAACUUUUUGUUAAUAUUGGGGUUUGGUUUUAAAUUAUUAUCUCUUUGCUACUUCGUAUGCUGAACUUUGACGCAGUCGCGUCGCGAUAUCACCUACUUCGCGUAACUUGUCGCGUCUGGCCUAUACGGCACACCGAUGUGCCAUUUACUCCUAGAUUUGGCAAACCGGAGAAUAAAUUCCAUGUUUUGUUGGAUCCUGCUUGUGACAAAACUUGAACUAUCUAGUCUAGCAAAAAAA